AUGCACACCCCGCACCCACCCACAGAUUCCCCGGCUUCUUUCUCUCCUCCGCCAGUGCAGGGAGGGCCAGAAAAGGGAGAAUCUCUCAAUGCCAUGUGGCUAGACCAUGUUUGCAAGAAUGACCUAUCCCUCGUCUCCCAUACUUUGAGCUGUCACCCUCUUUCGGGAGCUCUUUGCCUCUUGGCAGGCUUGGGGAUAUAUGACAUGUUCAGGGAUAUGUGGCUUCUUGUACAGAGAAAGAUUUGUCUGUUGUUUUCUCUCCUGCUCCUGCCGCUGCUGCCGAAGCUUCCAGUCUCUGAGAACAGGACAGAAGAGCCAUGCUGCUUCUAUCAAGUCAGCCCCAGCCUUGUCAGAAAUGGGGAUCUAGUGAUUGGGACUUUUCUCUCCAUGUAUUCAGUUGAAGUAAACAAUGACAUAGGAGCAGCACUUUUUGCGAAUAAACCUGACAAGGACUGUCGGGAUUAUAAGUGGCUAUACAAAAAUUAUCAACAAGCCCUGACACUAAUAUUUGCUAUAGAGGAGAUCAACAAGAACCCUAAUCUGUUGCCCAACCUUACCCUGGGAUUCCACCUCUACAACACCUACCACAGUGAUGAGAAAACCUUGGAGAGCUCCCUGCGCUGGCUGUCUGGGCAGGGCCAGUUCAUCCCUAACUACAGCUGCUGGGAGCAGGACAAGUCUGUGGCUGUCAUUGGCGGAGUCACUUCAGCUCUGUCUGUCCAGAUGGGGACCCUGCUUGACCUCUACAAGUAUCCUCAGAUCACCUUUGGGCCAUUUGAUCCCAUCCUCAGUAACAAGGUGCAGUUUCCUUCUCUUUACCAAUUGGCCCCCAGGGACUCUUCCCUACAUAAAGGUUUGGUCAGACUGAUGACCCACUUUGAAUGGACGUGGAUAGCUUUGGUGACAGUAGAUGAUCUGAGAGGUGAGGAAUUCCUUCAGGAACUGACACUGGAGAUGGCAAAAUAUGAUGUCUGUGUGUCCUUCACAGAGAAGAUCCCUGUCAGUGAGAGAAGACACACAGAAUCAUACAUGACAUUCAUGCCCAGGAUCCUGUCAUCACCCAUCAGAGUGAUUUUCAUUCAUGGUGACACAGACUCAUUAAUGAUCUUGAGAUAUUCACAAUUUCCUUUUCUCGUGAAUUACAAGGUGUGGGUAACCACUUCUCACUGGGACAUUACCACAAGACCCAAAUAUGUUGAUGGUUAUAAUUUCCAUGGGGCACUUAUAUUUUCACACCUAACAAGUGAUGUUCCUGGUUUUAAGGAUUUUCUCAGGACAGUGAACCCUGCUAAAUACUCAGAGGACAUUGUACUGAAAGAAUUCUGGCACUCAACAUUCAGAUGUAUAGAUGAACCUGAAAAACUGAAACAAGAACAAUGUUCACUAAAUGCCUCUUUGGAGACUUUGCCUUUGAUUUACUUUGACAUGACAAUGUCAGACUCGAGUUACACCAUCUACAAUGGUAUUUAUGCUGUGGCCUGGACUCUCCAUGAAAUGUUCCUGAUGAUAUUAGAAAAAGAAUCUAUGGCAGAGGGAGAAAGCUGGGUGCCUCAUCCAUGGCAGCUCCACUCAUUUCUAAAGAAGAUCCAAUUCAACAACAGUGCAUGUGAUCAGGUGUUUAUGGAUGAGAAUAGAAACCCAGAGGCUCAGUAUAAAAUCCUCAACUAUGUAAACUUCAAUAAGGAAGCAGAAGCUCUGGUGAAAGUUGGACAGUUUAACCCCAAGGCUCAGCCCAGUGAAGAUUUUACUAUUAAUGAAGAGGCCAUAGUGUGGGGCUGGUCACAUACCAAGGUUCCCUGUGCCACAUGCAGUGAGAGCUGUGGUCCUGGAUUCAGGCAAACAUCACUGGAGGGACAGCCCAUCUGCUGUUUCAAUUGUUCUCUGUGCCCUAAGGGGGAGAUCUCCAAUCAGAUGAAUAUGAAGCAUUGUACGAAGUGCCCAGAAGACGAGUAUCCCAAUAAGGAAGCAAAUCAAUGCCUCCCCAAGGUUAUGACUUUCUUGGAUGUUUCAGAACCCUUGGGGAUGACUCUGAUUUGUGUGGCUCUUUCCUUUUCUUUAAUGACAUCUCUAAUUCUCUUUGUAUUUGUGAAAUUUAAAGAUACCCCCAUAGUGAAAGCCAACAACAGAGCUCUCAGCUACACUCUCCUCAUUUUCCUCAACUUCUGCUUCCUCUGCUCCUUACUUUUCAUUGGUCGUCCUAAUUCAGUUACCUGCCUACUCAGACAAACAACAUUUGGGGUUGUAUUUACUGUAGCUGUGUCCUCCAUUUUAGCCAAAACCAUCACGGUGGUUCUAGCUUUUAGAGUUACAACACCAAGGAGCAGGAGCAGGAUAUGGGUAAAAUCCAGGGUGUCUAACUCUGUUGUUCUUAUCUUUUCUGGGAUUCAAGUAGUUCUCUGUGGCAUCUGGCUAAGAACCUCGCCUCCAUUUCCUGACAUGGACCCACACUCUGAACCUGGCCACAUUAUCAUUAAGUGCAAUGAGGGCUCUGACUUUGCCUUCUACUCUGUCCUGGGCUACAUAGGAUUCCUAUCACUCGGCAGCCUUAUAGUAGCUUUCCUGGCCAGAAGCCUUCCUGACACUUUCAAUGAAGCCAAGUUCAUCACAUUCAGCAUGUUGGUGUUCUGCAGUGUCUGGGUCUCUUUCCUUCCAACCUACCAGAGCACCAAGGGGAAGGCCAUGGUUACUGUGGAAAUCUUCUCCAUCCUGGCAUCUAGUGCUGGCUUACUUUGCUGCAUCUUUAUUCCCAAGUUUUACAUCAUCCUGCUGAGGCCCGACAAAAAUACUCAGGGAAGUAUAAAGACUAAAGUUAGUUUCAGGGGCAGGAAACAUUCUGGAUCAUUGUCUGUUAAUUUUUCCCAGAGACAUAAUCAAUUUUAA